AUGACGACUUUGCGGCCCAGAAAAAAAGGUCUAUUUAAUGCGCAAGCGACGUCGCAAGUCCCAGAGCUGCCAUACCGAGUCCUUGAGUUUGCGCCCUCAACUGCAUCCCCAGAAACCUCACCACCGUACGGAAGACGACGCGCCAUUGUAGCCUUGAUCGCAUCGCCCAAGGCCCGGUCCGGUCCGUUUCAACGGUGUCUAGGGCUUGUCGCUAAUCUAGGCGACACCGAUCAGCUCGGUGGGCGCCAGAUCGCCGCUGACGACGCGAGCACAUCGCAUGAUUUAUGCCUACCACAAGGCAAGGAACCCGCCCAAGCAGCCAACCCCGCUAUAUCUCCCCAGCUGACAGCUCGAAAUACCAUUCUCGCUUCCGUGUCAAUCCCGGUCACCGUGGGAAUUUAG